AUUAAAUAUAUGUGAAAUGUCAUUCAAAACAAAACCAACUAAGCAGUCUCAAGCUUCUUUUCGAUCUUCUGCAAAUCUUCAAACAAAAAAAAUUAAAUUAUUAAAUACAAGCGGAUUACAAGUUCAAAAAAAUAAUAAAGUUGUUGAUGAACAAGCUAAAACUCAAUAUAUUAAUAAAGAAUCUAAUAUUCGAUAUAUUAGUGAAGAACCUGUUUCUCAAACUUAA